GUUAGGAUUUCCAGUGAAGGCACACUGCCGUCACCCAGACGUUCGUUCAAAUAUUGACUUAGUAUGGUACUAUUAAAAUGUAUCUUGUAUACUUGUUUGUUUCAUCGGGUCAGCUCUGGUAAGCCCCGACAGAAAUUUAAAAAGACAUUAUCUUAAAUGGAUUGCAGUUUCUGUGUAGAACGGCGAUAGAUCUGUGUAAGUAAAGAGACGGGGUGCAUUAAAUGGACGGAAUUAUGUAUGGGGCGUCCUUGGUUACAAUGUGAAGAAACAUACAUCGAAAGACCGAACUGAAAAAAAAUGAACAAUCACGAUUGUCCUUGUUUUGGUGAAAAACGUCUAGUUCCAAAACACGGUGUAUUCUUUUAACUACAGUGCUUCACAGUUCACGGGAAAUAGACUUGUGUUGUGGAUUCACGGACUAACGGUCUGAAAUAAGCUACAGAAUUUCUUUUCAGAUUAUGGAGUAAUCGUUUGAUUAAUUCCUUUCAAGCGCAUAAAAAAGGAUCUGUGCGCGCGAACACUGACUGUUUGCUAGUUUAAAUAGAUUUCUUCUCUGUGCUUAUUUGAAAGGUUGCACCCGAUAAGCGAGAAUGACUUCCGACCAAGGAAGAUAUCUUGUUUGACAUUUCAUUGAAAGGCUGGAUUCGGUGUUCAUCUAUAAAAAGGGAUCGAAUCAUGGAAUCGGAUUCACUUCGCUGGGCCUUGUUCACCAACACUGCGGUUCAGGGACCGGCGAACCUUAGAGACCUCAGAAUCACCGCGAUGAAAUUACAACAGCGGGCCUUGACAGGAAAAGCCCAGGACAGACGGAAAGGCCACCACUCCGACACUACAGUCCAAAAGAGGACAUUGAGUAGCUAUCCUAUGCAACAUACUAAAGAGGAAUCUAUGAAAAUGGCCCAAUCUCAUCAACACUUACGGACACAUUUGGACCGAAGAGUGAAGCAGGCUAGGAUAGACAGUGGAAAUCUUCGAGACUACAGUCAGAAGAUGUUCGACUCAGUGAUUCAAGCCAAGAAGCAGAAUCUCCCGAUUCGGCCGAGCACUGCGAUUGUGCCAGAUCACUUACCGAAGUACCACAACGGUAGUACAGGUCCGUCAAGGAGUGGAAGCAUCAUGUACAAUGCCCGUAGUCAGAUGCUAAAUUCUAUACGACUGCGUCCAAAUUCAGAACCUCCCCUGAAAUUCAAGCACGAACGUUCGACAGAGAUUCGCACGGAAAUACGCAAAACCCUCUCUCAGAGCAACAGCGAUUUCCGAGUGGUAACUCCAUUAACUUCAACUGCCAGAUCCUCAACCUCUUCAACCAGCGAGUACCGCCUGAUUCCUAUGAAUGGCAAUUUGUCUGAGUUUUCCUCCAUCCCUGACCUGGAUGAUAGCACUGCCCAGGACAGUGUUUUUAGUGACUGUGAAUCCAAGAGCAGCACUGUCAAGUCGGAGUUCACCUAUACCCGCCCUCAUUGUGAUGCCUCCGCCAUCCGUUUCUAUUCUCUAGAGGAAGAAUCUUCCAUCAGCUCCGUGGAUAGCAAAAAGGAGGAUUCGGCUCCCCCUCCUCCUGUGGAAGAACCUAAACCAGACCCCCCUCCGGAGCCGGAGAAGAGACCAAAAAGUGGGAAAAGACCAAAGAGUACGGGAUCCCGAGGAAAAAGUCCAAAAGCCAGAGGGAAAAGUCCUAAAAAGAGUGCAAAAGGAAAAAAGAAGGAGGAACCCGAACCCCCGCCCCCACCACCCCCGGAACCAGAGAAAGAGGAGAAAAAGCCCGAGGUUAAAAAACCCCUGAAGGGUCCACAUUGUUGGGUGGACGACAUGACGAUUACAAGUGAACCGGUGAACGAGCCAGGCGACGACACGCAACAAAACGCAGGGGAGGGAACUCAGUCCCGUCUUAACAGCGCCAAAUCAAACGAAAGGAAAACCCCGGGACAGGAAGACAAAGAAAAUCUACCCGUUGUCAUUACGAAUGCGGAUGACGUCAUAGAGGACCAUAUAGAAUUGCCCAAAUUUCUGUGCCCUAGUUCGGAAUUAAAAUCAAAACAAGCUGCAAUAAAGGACUGGUUGGCAAGGACUAAUUUCAAUCACUCCAGUCGAUGUGUGCCAUUGAUUUAGUCAAUCCUAGCUUACUUCAUUACACCCCCAGCAAUAUAACCCUAUUAUUUAAUUAUACAUGUAUAUAUGAUAUUACUUUCAGGAGCAUGCAAGAAAAUUGAAUUGUGUGUUCCUAUUUACUGAGUGUAGAAAAACUGCCUUUCAUAAAUGGAUACUAUAUAAAA